AUGUCGGCAUUGAGGCAGAGGGCAGCACAGCUCGCCAGGCAGGCCCGAACUGCUCGGCCGUCUGGCGCCCGCAAUGCGAGAUCUUAUGCGUCGAGUCACGGUCACCACGAGGCCCCUCACACGGUGGAGGAGUCGCUGGGGCCCGCGUUCUACGUCACCGUCGGCGCCGUGCUCGGUUCCGUCUUCGUCUACAAGAUCUCUCGCCCCGGCGAGAACGGCGAGCUCUCGACCAUCCACAAGUGGGCCCAGAAGCUGGCGGACUACGGCAACGAGUGGGAGAGGAGGAACGAGCUGAUGUCGGCGGCGCUCGAGCAGGCUGCCAAAGACAAGCAUCUCUUCUACAACGCCGAGCGGAGCAAGCACUUCGAGUUGACCUAUCCCGAGGUCUUCACACACGGCUCACCUUUCAACGUCCCCGCUGGGCACUACCCGAAAAUAGACAAGGUUGUUGCACACUACCAGAAGCAGUAUGAGGAGGAGGAGGCACGCAAGGCAAAGAAGCUAUCGGCGGCGGCG